UCGAGUAUUCUCUGAUAGCUGAGGAAAAGCAAGGAGAACCAAAUUUAGGAUCUCUUACCUUCUGCAAUCUGGUGGACCAUUUGGAAAGACUAAAUGAAAGGCUCCAUGGGCUCAAUUGCUUUUCAAGCCUGUUCAUAAAGUCAACCGUUAUGAUUUUCUCAUUGCAAAAUGGCAGGGUGGAGAAUAUUGAGAUAUGGGAGGAUCCUUGGUUGGCUGGUAAACAAAGUCAUUUUAUCUUCAAAGAUAUUUGUCAAGUGGAAAAUGAUGUCUCAAGAGUCAAUUUCAUGGUGCAAGUUUCGAAUGGAUGGAACUCAGAGCUUAUAAACAAGCUAGUUCCACGUAACAUUGCUGAGCAGAUUAUGAGUAUCUAUUUCCCAAACUCUGAAGACCAGAUCAAGGACAAAAUUACGUGGCUUCACCAUCCUAAUGGCAGCUUUUCUACAAACUCCUUCCAGAAGAUGAAAAGAAGUAAUCAACUUUCCUCUUGUCAUUAUCAAGUUGACUGCAUCCCUUGGAAGAAAUUGUGGAAAGUUUCUGACAUUGAUCCUAAGGUUCUGAUGUUUAUGUGGAGGAUGUUGCAGGAGGGCCUUGCUCUUGCCACUGGCAUUGGAAGAUUUGUUAAAGACAUAAACAUGGAGUGCAGGCUGUGCAAUAAUGCUUUGGAAACAACUGAUCAUCUGAUGUUGCAUUCCCAAGAUAGUGUUGUUCAGCUCUCCUAUAAAUUUCAGAAGUGCCCAAGAGUUCUUAAAUUAUCAGAAAAUGUGGUAACCAAGUUGCUCACAUUUUGGCUAAUCUGGUUUCUAACAAUUGGCUUCCUUCUGCUCCACUUUGUAAUUGUAUUACGGCUCUGCUUGAAUCAGAGAGUUACUAGUUCCUAGCUUUUAUGUUUUGU